AAUCUACUGAAAAAAAUCCAAUUACUACAAAGGAACUUGGAAAGUACUCUCAAUAAACAUCAUUUGGUAUUACGGAUUAUAAUGUACACAGAUUACUAGUCCAACGUUUGUUAUGCAUUAAUUAAUUAAUUAAUUGAACCAGUGCUGGUAGCUAAAUAGAACUUUUAUUAUAAAUCUAAAUGAAGUCAUUCUAAUUAAUUUAAUAAUGUAGAAGUCAAAGUACAAUGGAGAUGCGCUCAAGGAAAGAGGAGAGAUUGAACCAAUUCCAAGCCGUGCAAGGGCAAAUUCAAAAAAAUUCUGCAGAAAUUGCAGGUAACUCAGACAAUGCACCCUCAAUCUUUGCAGUAAAUGAGAAUGAUCUCUCACUAAAAAGACUUGAGGAGUAUCAGAAUGGGCUGAAAAGGCUUUACAAUGAGAAGAAUGAAAGACUCCAGCAAGUGGAGAAAUACAUCGACAAAAUACACAGCUUAUCCACAAUCUUAGGAAAGGAUUCCUCUGUAAUCAUCCUGCAAGUUCACCCCAGCUUGAAUGAUUUGUGUGGAAUAACAAAAAAUAUAAGUGAUGCUAUCCUACAUAAACUUAAUAUCACGGUGGAGUCCCUUUAUGAAGAAAAGCAAAAUCGGCUGGACAAGCUUCACCUUUUAGGCGAAGCACUCUCAAAUCUAUGGAAUCUUAUGGACACACCUUACAGUGAUAGACAAUCUUUUUCCCACGUAAUCAAUCUGUUGUCAGUCUCAUCAGUGGAAGUAUCAGAGCCAGGAAGUCUUACUCUAGAGAUAGUCCAGCAGGCUGAAGCUGAAGUAAAAAGACUAGAUCAACUAAAAGCAAGCAAGACGAAGGAGCUUUUCCAGAAGAAGCAGGAGGAACUAGAGUUGAUAUGCAAGAUAUCUCACGUGGAGAUUCCUUCACGGACAGAAAUGAACAAUAUAAUUAGCCUCAUAAACUCAGGGGAGAUUGACCAUUCCGACCUCCUCAUGAGCAUGGAUGAACAGAUAUCAAGAGCAAGAGAAGAGGCUUCCAGCAGGAAGGCUAUAAUGGAAAAAGUUGAGAAGUGGAUGUUAGCACGUGAUGAGGAGCGCUGGCUAGAAGAAUACAGCAUGGAUGAGAAUCGAUACUCGGUAAGUAGAGGAGCCCAUAAAAACUUGAGACGAGCUGAACGUGCCCGUAUAAUGGUCAGUAGAAUGCCAGCUCUGGUAGAUUUGCUUAUAAAAAUGACUAGGAGUUGGGAAGCAGAAAGAAAUAAAGUUUUCUUGUAUGAUCAGGUUCCUCUAAUGGAAAUACUGGAAGAAUAUAACACACUAAGGCAAGAAAAGGAGGAGGAUAAGAAAAGACAGCAGGUUAGUAUUUGAUAGACAAUAACCGCUUCACAAAUCAGUUAAUCAGUGUUUAGAUUAUGUUGUCCACAAAAAGAUUCAUGCCAUAUAAAUUGUUAUACUCCAUAAUGAUAACCUCGUUCUUACUUCAUCUUUGUGUUUUGUUUAAUGGAAUUUCAAAUUUUUUCUACAGACAAAAAAAAUGACUAAUAAUCUACUUAAAAAAAUCCAAUUACUACAAAGGAACUUGGAAAGUACUCUCAAUAAACAUCAUUUGGUAUUACGGAUUAUAAUGUACACAGAUUACUAGUCCAACGUUUGUUAUGCAUUAAUUAAUUAAUUAAUUGAACCAGUGCUGGUAGCUAAAUAGAACUUUUAUUAUAAAUCUAAAGAAUGAAGUCAUUUUAUUAAUUCAAUAAUGUAGAAGUCAAAGUACAAUGGAAUGAAUGAUUACCUCAACCCUUCUCACAGAACAUAUUGUAAAAAGGUGUAUCAACAAUAAGAAAAAGCAAAAAUCAGAAAGGAAGAUCAAUGAGCAAAAUCCAGAAAAGCCACAGAACAAAGUAGAAAAAACACAAUAAACGAAACUAUGCAAGUCUAAAAUAAAACUGAAAUCGAUCAUGCAAUUUCCAUAAUAAAAUUUUCCAAGCAAGUCAAAUAACAUAAACCAUAGUAUAGGAAACAGAAACUGCUGC